CACGAACGUCGUUCAAUACGAGAUUUUGAGAUAAACUUGUGAUAUUUGCAAUAGGAAUGCAUAAUUCGUGGAUAAGAAUAGUCCGACAGGUGAACUACCGGCGGUCAUUCCCGACACCAACCUCGGCACGUGUAGAAAUUCCCUGUAUCCCGUAUGAGGCUUUUGACCACACAGGCAACGUGACACCGAAGGGUCUGCUGAGCUUAAUUGAGUCAAUCACGGCGUGUACGUUUUGGCGUAACACAAGUACUAGCGAGCCUGAGCGAUGCUUUUUGAAAAUUCAUGAUCUCUUGGAGAAUCAUUUAAUGUUCAUGGCGUCCGUCCGUCUGACAAUAACAGACCGGUCGUUGUAUGAUUCGACAGUAGUAAAGCAGCCGUAAUAUUCUAUAUUUAGUCUAACAAAU